AUUUAUUUUAUCAACUCUAUUUUGUAGGAUUAUUCAGCCAAAAUGAAAACUGUGACUUUGGGUGCAUUCAUUCUACUAGCUGCUCUUCCCACAACAUUAGCAGCCGAGAUUAUAAAUGCGGUUGAGGUUAAAACCCCAUCAGGAUGGGUCAGAGGUUAUGAAGAAAAUUAUGAUAAUGGCCAAGUCUACAGGUUUAUAAAAAUUCCAUUUGCAAAACCCCCACUUGGAAAACUCCGCUUCCAGAAACCCCAACCUAUAGAAGAAUGGGAAGACGUUCAAGGAAUAUCAGAUGAACUCGGCCCAUCAUGUUCACAGUGGCAAUUUCCUAUGCCUGGAAUGGACGAUUUACAACAAGAUGAGAAUUGUUUACAUCUGAAUGUAUACGUUCCUGGCAAAGUAUCGAAAGACAGGGAUCUUUCCGUGAUGGUUUGGAUUCAUGGGGGAGGAUUCAUUUUUGGUGGAGCUAAUCAGUACCAUCCUCAAAAGUUAGUUUUAGGUGGUGACGUCAUAGUGGUAACAAUCAAUUACAGAGUGGGAUUCCUAGGUUUCCUUACACUGAACGACCCCCUAAUGGCGGGAAAUUAUGGCCUUUGGGACCAAAUUGAAGCCCUCCGAUGGGUUCAAAAUAACAUUGGAGCAUUUGGAGGAAAUCCAAACUCCGUCACUAUAUUUGGAGAGUCUGCUGGUGGAAUGUCUGUCAGUCUUCUGACUUUAAUUCCUUCAAACAAGGGUUUGUUCCAGCGUGCUAUUUCACAGAGUGGUGUUGCGACUUACCCUGGCAUAAUUACAAAGAAAGAAUUAGAAAAAGAACGCGCCGAUCAGUUUCUGGAAAGAGUCAACUGUAAAGAUAAAGGAGAUAUUUCUGAAACAUUGAAAUGCCUACAAGACAUCCCGGUUGAGAAUAUAACAAAUGCUUUUACAUUGGAAGAAUUGCAGCCCUCAUUAAACACGUCAGUAAAUACAGCAGGCUUAACCCCAAGCAUUGAUGGUGAACUAAUUAAGAAAAACGUAGCAUACCCCUGGUCAGUAGAUGAUGAAAUUUACAGUGUCUUCCGCUCCGUGGAUUUCAUGUCAGGGACACUUGAUGGGGAAGGAAACCUGGUUUAUAUGCAUUUAAAUGACGAGAUUCAAAAACAUUACGAAUUCAAUGUUACAGAAAAAGUACCAUUACGUAUUCUCUGUGAAAUCAGUGCUCCGGUUUAUGUAGAACAAGUUGCCGGCAAUGUCCCCGAACUAGCGCAAGAAAUAUGUGAUUUUUACACUACUGCAGAAAGUGUUGAUGCUCAAAGUAAUAAGGUUUGCGAAUUUGGUGGUGAUCAUAUGUUCAUUGUACCAAGUAACAUCAUUCUUUCGAUUCAUGGCAAGAAUAACGAAAACGCUAAAUCUUUUCAAUAUUUGGUUACAAAGCCAAGUCCCGUGCCAUUUGGAGGAGACCCACCUGUUUGGUUUAAAGGGGCAGGGCAUGGCGAUGAGGUAUACCUAAUGUUUGAUUUCCCAACCAUACAUUUCCCAGAAGAGAAACGUAAAAACCUGGAAGAAACGAAGAAGCUUUCUGACGAUAUGAUAAAGUAUUGGACCAAUUUCGCAAAGUUUGGUGAUCCAAAUGAUGAGAGUUUACCAGAAUGGCCGCGAUAUGACGUCAACAACAAACGUUACGUCAUAUUAGAUAUUCCUAUUACUACAGGAGAGAAUUUGAAACCAGCAGCUACUGCUCUACUGAACAAAAUAAUUGAAAAGGGACGACAGGGAAUAGUCCACGAUGAAAUAUAACUGAUGAGCAGCUAUACGAGAUACAAACAUUGCUCUAUGUCAUAAAUGUGACAUUUGAAUGCCUCAUAUUAUGAUUUGUGACGCACUUAAUUUGUUUGUGUUAUACUGCAAUGUGAAGAUAUGCUAAACUUCUCCUAAAAUAAUGUAUUUAUGUGUUAUAUGUUUAGUAAUUAAUGUUGUAGAGUUUCUCUUCCAUGUAUAUUUCAACAGUGAAUGAAAUACUGUUGAUCCACUAAUGUAACGUUGAGAAUGCCAUGCCUUACUGAGAGUCCAAGGAUAACAGAGAAUUGUACUUAAAUCAUAGCACGCAUUGUCCUAUGAAAUGUUAAAUUAUUAAGCUACAUGUAUGUUAGCUUCCUGUGAUAUUUUUCGGAUAAAGAAGUAAACAAGU